AGACCGCUGCCUUGUACUCGUCCAUGUUGCGGAUACAAGACCGGAGUUAUAGGCAGCAGUACGGGCGUUCACAGCUUCCCGGAUGGAUCUAUCAACCCACGGCUUUUGGUUAGGAAAGACCCUAACUUUUACCGUGGGGACGAUGGUGUCCGUUAGCGUUGCUAUGAGGCUCAUUGCUACUUCCACAAACUCGCUGACGUCACUGGAACUGGAUUGGAUCAUGUCCCAGUCGACGACACGCAGAGCGUCCUGUAGCUCAGCCUCUGAUUGGUCAGACCACCGCAUUACGUUCCUCGUCACUACCGCUUCCCGCGCGAUCCUUUGUUUAUACUCCGGAAGCAGAAAAAUGGCGGCAUGGUCUGAUUUCCCUAACGGAGGGAGAGAGACAGCCUUGUAGCCUCUCUUGAAUGGCGUAUAGCAGUGGUCCAACGUUCUUUCCCCUCUGGUAGCACACGUAAUGUGCUGGUGAAAGUUCGGCAUGACUUUUUUUAGGUUUGCCUCAUUUCUGAGAUUUAGCUUAAAUUAUGCUAACAUUAAAACAUUUUUACUGGACCAAGGAAGAGUUUAUAAAAAUUAGUCAGACUAGUCCUGUAUAUAGAUUUCCCCAAGAGUUCCAGGAAAUGAAUAAUGCAGAUGUGUUCCAUACAUAUCUGAAAUCCCCUACAAUAGCAAUCAAACAAUUUUAAUGUAUCAAUUAGGACAUUUUUCAAAGUAAAAGUCCUAAAUGUUUAAAGAAAUCUGUAAUUUCUUUACUGUUUGAGUUGCUUUAUAUAUGUAUUUCCUCAUAGUCCUAGGCAAUAAUGCUACACAAUAAAUAGAAUGCUUCAAUCGACUCGGUGAUCGGUAAUAUCGGUGAUCGGCAGAUACUGAUUUCAGUGAUCGGUGAUCGGCACCAAAAACCUGAUCGGUGCAUCUCUAAUCAUAGAAAAUUACAGAGUGGCGGGUGGAGAUUUCACCCUGUUAUAAUGGUAGGGGAAACAUUGGAGUUGAUAAGCGUGUCUUCUUGUCUGAUCAAUACACAACUGUGAGGUGCGUGAAUGGACAGAGCGGCCAGCUGCUGAUCACUCACUCAAUAGGUCGACCUGCACGACCAGACGGUGCGCGCGCAGCGAGCAAACAUUUUUUUUGGGGAGCACCGAAGACCCAUUUUGACCCAGGAAAAACCCUGUGUGCGCCCCUAAAUUUUCUGCUUGCGCCCCUAAAAUUUUAAGUUAGGGGCCACUGUGCUCCUAGUAAAAAAAGUUAGUCUGGAGCCCUGAGCUCACACGUAGCUCACAUGUAGCUCACACGUAGCUCACACGUAGCUCACACGUAGCUCACACGUAGCUCACACGUAGCUCACAUGUAGCUCACAUGUAGCUCACAUGUAGCUCACACCUAGCUCACACCUAGCUAACACACUGUGUGGGAGUAUUUCCAGUGUAUCACUUGUCUUCCAUCAAUUGGGGAAUAUGAGAAACAGACUCUGAAGGCUCGGUCGGAUGAGAACAUGUCCUCAGUAACGAGGCAGCAGAGGAGCUUAUUAACUCGUCGUAUCUUUCAGACGUGUUGAACAAUUAAUGUGGGGAACUCAGGCUUGUAUUAGCAUCCAAGAAGAAGCUCAAUAUAUUUUUUAAUGGAUUCACGUUACAGAGCUUUAUUCUUACUCCGGGAGGUAUUUUAAAAUGCAAAAGAUGUAAAUGUUAGUUUUCUAUCCCUGUAUCGAUAGUUCACUGUGUGUGUCACUGUGUGUGUCACUGUGUGUGUCACUGUGUGUGUCACUGUGUGUGUCACUGUGUGUGUGUCACUGUGUGUGUCACUGUGUGUGUGUCUGUGUGUGUGUGUCACUGUGUGUGUGUCACUGUGUGUGUGUCACUGUGUGUGUCACUGUGUGUGUGUCACUGUGUGUGUGUCACUGUGUGUGUCACUGUGUGUGUCACUGUGUGUGUCACUGUGUGUGUCACUGUGUGUGUGUCACUGUGUGUGUGUCACUGUGUGUGUCACUGUGUGUUAGCAGCGGAGCGUCGUGAGACACGGCGCUCCGUUGACGUGUGUGUACAGUAGUCGGUGUUUACAUUGUGAACCUCACCUUUCCUUCACUCGGCUCUCCUCAGUGCUAAACGGGGUUCUGUAGUUGCGGUUCUGGAUCUAGUGGAUCUCAUCCUGUAGAGCCAGACGGCCCGACUCACUGGUUAUGUGUCGGUCCGCCGGCUUCUCUUCUGUUUCUCUCCCUAAACCUCUGGAGCGCUUCGACUGUCAGCUCCUGGACAAUGGACGCCGAGCAGUUAUUCAUGUUCCUGGCGUGGCCCAGACGAUGCAGAGCUGUGUGACUUUGGAAUAAAUGUGACUUUUUAUGAAAACAGAUUGGUUGUUUUCUUACGUGCAGUGAAGGAAAGCUUUUACAUUUGUGUUGAUUACUCCGACUCCGAAACAAAAACAUUUACUCUGGUGAUUUAUGCCUUAAGUGGCUCUGAACUUUAAUUGUAUAAAUCAGGACAACACAUUUCCGCUCAGCUGGAAUUAUAUUGAAUAACUCAGAGAGCAUUUUGUAUGUUAAUUUAUUUUCGUAGAAACAAAAUAUCUACUUUAUAUACAUGCAGUGGAUAUUUUGCACCUAUUGGGAAAUGAUUUCACAUGUUAUUAAUGCUCCUUGACAUAUCGGCCUCAACACAAACACUAAUAAGUUGUAUUUCCCUGGUGUUUGUGUCUCACCGUGCAACACCAACAAGAACAACAUCGUAUAACUUCAUGUGCAUCUACAGCAUGGAACACAUUUAAGGGCAGUGAUGCGGAAAUAUGGAAAACAAUCGAGAGCGGUAACAGCCGCCAUUAGCAGCUGGCGCCACACGGACAUUUUGGGGUUCCUGGCAGCAGCUCAGACGAAGCUGCCGAGCAUCAGGAUGAGAUGAAGGCCGCCGGCUCCGGACCAGCUGGUCGGAAGACAAGUGACCUCACGGGGAAGAUCCAACACGAGGGGUUCUCACGGGGGAGAGAACACGCUGACCUCCAGGUGCACAGGCCCACUGCUCAUGGGUAGGUAGGUCUCACCCCCCCCCCCCCCCCCAUCCCUCUCUUUUAGGAACCCCUCUGUCCAUGUGAGGCCUCCAUGUGUGUGGCUGAUCGAUAGCUAAUCAAUAGUGAAUGUGGGCAGAGCGUGUAACAGUGGAGGAAGAGGAGCUGCGUGUUUCUGAUGACGGCUUCACAGCUUCUAUAUUUAAGAUUUCUUUUUCUUAGCCUGACACAGGCAGCAGUGAGACAUCCGGCUUCUUCUGGAGCUGUUUUGACAAAACUAUUUUGAGGAAAAUAAGUAAAUAUAAAUGUAUUUUUUUUUAAGUGGUUGCAAAAUGUGACACGUAGAGCUGACACUCCCUGAUGGAAAAUACUUGCAGUACUCCGAUAAUAUUCCCCUAUGCAUGUAUAUUUAAUAUGGUAUUAUUUCAGUUGCUCACUGGAAUACUAUAUAAUACUUUAUGUGCUACCUUCCAGAGAGAGGAUAGCAUGUGUUGUUAUGGUAAACGUGUGGUUCAUUGUUUUUGAAUGAAUGCUCCCGGAGCCCUCUUCUUGUAUCUGAUUCUUAUCUGCGUGUUCGUGACGUUAUGAAUCAGAUGCAGGUUGAUAUUUGCAUGUCGCGUCCUCUGUACUUCUGUUUGGGAGUUUAGGGAUUCAAUCCGUUAACCUUCAACCGGUGGUGGGGAGCAGUAGAUGUAAAACACACCACGUUACAUUCAUAACGUUGCUGUAGCUAAAUGAAGCUAAAUUUAAGUAGCCACGCCGUCUCUGUCUGUUGGAUUAUUCAUGAUGCAUUGAUGUGUAAAUAUUGCAGCUGGCCAUGGGUAGCUAUUAUACUGCUAUCUUAUUACUUUUGGGUGAUUCAGUGUGUAAUAUGAUCUUCUCAACUGUGUAUGUAAACAACUGUGGGAAGUGUUACCAUGGCAUGUUGUAAAGACUUAUAGUCUUCUGAGGAUCUAAUGAAAAAGUCUGUUUAUUUUUCUGUGUCUCUGAAAACUAACUUCAGAUAAAUGAAGUGAGAAGGAAACCACUUCCUCCUGCAACCCAUUAGAGUUCUACAGUAGGAGGUAGGAGAGAAGGACGUGACUUCAGGUCGGCUGCGGGCUUGUUGUACCUCAAUGUUUACACGUUUUAUUCUUGGAGGUGUAAAGAAGGCUUUGAAGAGGACUUAGAUUGGGACACAAUGAUCUCUCAGCUUCAUUCUGUCUUCUGUUUUAUGUCUUCAGUUAUUGCCCUCCCCCCUCUGGAGGCUAAUGUUCUUUUCUCAUCCAGCAACAAAUUACUUUGAGACCAAGUAUCAGGGAACGACUUCCUAACGCCAGAUAACUAAGUAAAGCCGUUAAUCGCAGCAGCGCGUGAGCCUCUAAUUGGCCGGCUCGUUUCAAACGGCGCCACCUAGCGGCCGCUCGGCCUCAUGCAUUCAGUCGUUCUCUCUCUCUCUGUUUCUUUGGUCACUGUGAGAAGUGUCGUCGUGCAGCGGGGACGUCAGUAGCUGCUGCGCGGCACACUGCGCGGCGCAUCGCACGAGACGGAGGAGCGCGCGCCCGCGCCGCGGAGACGAAAGUUGAGACGCGCCGCGAGCUUCCUGCGGGGCGACGCCGCGCGCACGGGGGCUCCACGCCGGUCUGCACCGCACCGCACCGCCAGCUGCUGCUGCUGCUGCGUUCUGGACCCCGGCGCACGGACGGAUAACGGGUAUCACAGAUGCAGCGGCUCACACCUGCCGAGUGAAGUCUGGUAUGUGAGCCGAGGAGUUUUCCCACCUCGCCGGUGGUGGGAAGAGAGAGAGAGAUGCUGCGCCGCGUUGCCAUGACAGCAGAAGUUCUUCUUCUCCUGGGGGUCCUGAUCGGCGGCGCCCAGUGCAACCCGAUAGCGACCUCGCCGGCCGGCCGGGAGCGUCUGGAGAGAGUGCUGACCCGAGCCCGGCAGGACGAGCGGCCCCCGGGAGCCGGCGCCCGCUCCAACGGGACUCGAGGAUCCGAGGCCGCCGAGCCCCAGGAGCUGUGGACGGAGCCGGACCGCCUGGACCGGAUGGACCAGGGCCCCACGAGCGACGUCGCCCUCUCCCUGGACGCCAUCGACGAGUACGCCUACCCGGACUACCGCGGCAAGGGCUGCAUGGACGAGAGCGGCUUUGUGUUCGCCAUCGGCGAGCGGUUCGCUCCGGGCACCUCGCCGUGCCCGUGCCUCUGCACUGACGAGGGUCCCAUGUGCAGCCAGCCCGACUGCCCCCGGCUGCACGCCCGCUGCCUGCGCGUGGACACCAGCCGCUGCUGCCCCGUCUGCAGGGAGGAGAAGAACUACUGCGACUUCCGGGGGAAGAUCUACGGCUCGCUGGAGGAGUUCAGGGUGUCUCCGUGUGAGAAGUGCCGCUGCGAGCCGAGCGGCGAGGUGCUGUGCUCCGUGGCGGCGUGCCCCCAGACGGAGUGCGUGGACCCGGAGUACGAGCCGGACCAGUGCUGCCCCAUCUGCAAGACCGGGCCAAACUGCUACGCCGACACCACGGUGAUACCGGCCGGCCGAGAGGUGAAGAUCGACGAGUGUACAAUCUGCUACUGCACAUACGAGGAGGGCACGUGGCAGAUCGAGCACCAGGCCACCUGCAGUAAGAACGAGUGCCAGCCGAGCUAAACACCGGCCAUCGACCCAAACACCGGACGUCGACCCAAACACCGGACAUCGACCCAAAGACCGGACAUCGACCCAAACACCGGACAUCGACCCAAAGACCGGACAUCGACCCAAACACCGGACGUCGACCCAAACACCGGACGUCGACCCAAACACCGGACGUCGACCCAAACACCGGACAUCGACCCAAAGACCGGACAUCGACCCAAACACCGGACAUCGACCCAAACACCGGACAUCGACCCAAAGACCGGACAUCGACCCAAAGACCGGACGUCGACCCAAACACCGGACGUCGACCCAAACACCGGACGUCGAACGUCGACCCAAACACCGGACGUCGACCCAAACACCGGACAUCGACCCAAACACCGGACAUCGACCCAAAGACCGGACAUCGACCCAAACACCGGACGUCGACCCAAAGACCGGACGUCGACCCAAACACCGGACGUCGACCCAACACCGGACGUCGACCCAAACACCGGACGUCGACCCAAACACCGGACGUCGACCCAAACACCGGACGUCGACCCAAAGACCGGACGUCGACCCAAAGACCGGACGUCGACCCAAACACCGGACGUCGACCCACACACCGGACAUGGACCCAAACACCGGACAUGGACCCAAAGACCGGACAUCGACCCAAACACCGGACGUCGACCCAAACACCGGACAUGGACCCAAACACCGGACAUGGACCCAAAGACCGGACGUCGACCCAAACACCGGACGUCGACCCACACACCGGACAUGGACCCAAACACCGGACAUGGACCCAAAGACCGGACAUCGACCCAAACACCGGACAUCGACCCAAACACCGGACGUCGACCCAAACACCGGACGUCGACCCAAACACCGGACGUCGACCCAAACACCGGACAUGGACCCAAAGACCGGACAUCGACCCAAACACCGGACGUCGACCCAAACACCGGACAUGGACCCAAAGACCGGACGUCGACCCAAAGACCGGACGUCGACCCAAACACCGGACGUCGACCCAAACACCGGACGUCGACCCAAAGACCGGACGUCGACCCAAAGACCGGACGUCGACCCAAACACCGGACGUCGACCCAAAGACCGGACGUCGACCCAAAGACCGGACAUCGACCCAAAGACCGGACAUCGACCCAAACACCGGACAUCGACCCAAACACCGGACAUGGACCCAAAGACCGGACGUCGACCCAAAGACCGGACGUCGACCCAAACACCGGACGUCGACCCAAAGACCGGACGUCGACCCAAAGACCGGACGUCGACCCAAACACCGGACGUCGACCCAAAGACCGGACAUCGACCCAAAGACCGGACAUCGACCCAAACACCGGACAUCGACCCAAAGACCGGACGUCGACCCAAAGACCGGACGUCGACCCAAACACCGGACAUCGACCCAAACACCGGACAUCGACCCAAAGACCGGACAUCGACCCAAAGACCGGUGCUAAUCCGUGAACUCUCGGCGCUCACGCCGUCUCCCGGACGUCAGGGUCGGACAGCAGAGCCCUCGAGCGUUCAGCAUUUAUAGAACUCACUCCUGUAUUACUGAGAGAGAGAGAAAAAGAAGCUUUUAUGAAAGUUUAUAAUCCACACAAAGAAUAUCUAUUUAUCUAUGUAUUGAAUUAUGUAUUAAUAUCCACAAAUAUACAAGUCUUUAAUGCGGAAGUAGUGAACAACUAUUUUUUAUAGCCUGUGUAUUUUAUGAACAAUAUAUUGGACCAGAAUGUGAAGAGGACACCCAGCUGUCUUUGGAGGUGAACACCUCGGGGUCUCGAUGUGGUUCACCACAGACCUUGACCCCCUUGACCCCUCUGACCCCCCUGACCCCUCUCCACAAACACUAGACUGUGAUCCAUUUGCUGUGUAGACCAUCCAGUGCAGAGUUCAAGACUUUUGACUGUUUCCUCAUUUAUUUGACCUUUUUUGGAUGUUGAAAAGUGUUUUUUGUAUUUCUCUUGGUACCGUGUGUUCGUGUUUCAAAUAAACGCCAGGCUGGGCUCUGUAGAUGCUCAAAUGGUACUUCUCAGCUGUAAGUCUUUAUGUUUUACGUCGACUAACUUCCGGCUGAAUAAAAUGUUUUCGAUUUGA